AUGAAUGGAACUGAUCAAACCCCUAUUCGAAUAGAUAACGAGGAGACCCUAAUCCUGGAAUUGCUGAUCUUCAUGGUGGCCUUGGUUGAGUUACCAGGAAACAUGACUGUCCUCUGCCUUCUGAGCUUCCACAUGCGCAGAAACGCCUUCUCCAUCUAUGUCCUCAACCUAACCGGAGCCGACUUCCUCUUCCUUUGCUGCCAAGUAAUUGUGUCCAUGCUGCUUUUAUUCGAUUUCUUCCAUCUUUUCUCAAUCCCCUCCCCUAUGUACAACAUCUUACUCACUGCAUCAGCCUUUUCCUAUAUCGCCGGCCUGAGCAUGCUCAGUACCAUUAGCACCUAGCGUUGCCUGUCCGUUCUGUGGCCCAUCUGGUACAGUUGCCAAAGACCCAGACACCUGUCAGCUGUGGCAUGUGCCCUGCUCUGGGCCCUGUGCCUUCCUCUGAGCAUACUGGAAAUGAACGUUUGUAGCACCCUGUUAAGCUAUGAUAACAAUAACUGGUGUAAGAUCUAUAACUCCAUUGCUGCAGCAUUGCUGAUCAUUUUAUUUUUGAUUCUCUUUGGAUCUAGCCUGGCCCUGCUGCUCAGGGUCCUCUGUAGUUCACGGAAGUUGCCACUGACCCGGCUGUAUGUGACCCUCCUCCUCACAGUGCUGGUUUUCCUCCUCUAUGGUUUGCCCUGUGGUAUUUAUUGGUCCCUCAUAAUGUGGAAGAAAAAAUUUCCAUAUGAUUGCCCUCCCCACUCUUACCUUGUUACACUUCUCCUGUCCUGUGUUAACAGCUCUGCCAACCCCAUCAUUUACUUUUUUGUGGGCUCCUUUCAGCAGCAGCAGCGAAGACAGACCCUCAAGCAGGUUCUCCAGAGGGCUCUAUAUGACACCCCUGAGAUGGCUGAGAAUGGAAGCAGCCUUCCUCAGGAAACCUUGGAGAUGUCAGAAAGCACCUUCGGACCCUGA